CUUUUAUAUCAGGUAGUUUUAGACAUUUUCAGAAUGCGAAGAAAUGAAACAUUUGAUGGAUUAAAAAUCCAUUGAUAGUAAAAAAUAAUAUCCAUAUAUUAUUUUUUACUAUCAUUGCGACAGUGAUAAAUUUAAUAUAAAGUAGAAAAGAGUUUAACAUUCAUAAAAUAUGUUUGUUUUACAGAUAUUGGCCUGUAGCUUACUUACACAAAGGCCCACCUCCGAAUAUGACUUAUUUUACAUACAACGAAACACAAAGCUCUAUGACCACAGAAAACUACCCACUUGGCCCUAUAUCACCUCCAAGAGAACAACCCCGUCCAGAAUUCGACAGAGUUACAGAUAAACCAAAAGAUGUAGUUGAAGCAAGAAGCCACAGAGACGAGAAAACUAGAAAUAUAACCGAUGAGGAUAUUUUUCAUGUAGAUUUAGCUAAAAUUACUACGACCACAACUAGCACAACAGAAAAACCUGUAAUAAAAGAAACCACACCAAAAGUAGAAGAAAGACAAGAGAAAAUUAAUAAAUCUGAUGUUGAAACAAUAAAACCAGAAAAUAUGAACAUUUCAGAGCAAAGCGAAAAGAUUAAAGGCAUCGAUGAUAAGUUGGUGGAUUUUACCGGACCUAUAGAAGUACUAGAUAUUGAGGACGUGAAAACGGGAGGGAAGAUAUCUGACUUAAAAACGUUAGAGGCUGAAGAGAGACAGAUUGAAGCUAUCGGCAGAUUGUUAGCCUCGAGACGUGGCAGUAAACUAGUUUUAGAAAAGCGUUCCCAAAAAGAUUUGGAAUCAAGAAACAUAGCUAUCGACAAAGAUCUAGCGGACUUUAAUUUCGGCAACAAGUUUCCUACAACAGAAAGGAGAGGUACAAUACAAAAAAUUUCGAAAGACGAUAUUGAAAGAGAGAGAAAUGCUGAUAGAAGUUUAGAAGUGAGCGAGACAACAUUUGUUAGACCUCCCAGAGUUUUAACUACUACAGACAACAUAAGAAAAGCUAUUGUUAACGGUAAAGUGUUUUAUGAUGCAACAAUUAGAGAGCAAAGAGAUAUUUUUACAAAUGCAACAAGAAAACCUAGGACUUUUAGACAAUUAGAGGACUCUAGAGCGCCUUCAGUCAUCGCUCAUAAUAAUUUUGGAAAGAAGAAAGUCAUUAAAACGAGAAAUGUAAACCCUGUAAGGCGUGUCAGAAGAGUAUACAGAAAGAGAUACAAUCCUGAGGAAGUGAGACGAAGAUUAUUGGAAAGAGAAAGGAGUACGAAGAUGGAAAAUAGUGAUGGAAAUAGUAAACAUAACUAAAUUAUUAUUUUUAAUCUCAUUUAGGUAUAAAGCUGUCUUAUUUUUAUUUUACACUUUUAAAAUCUUAAAUCAGUAUUACUUAUAAAUAAAUAUUGUGUUAAAAUCUCAUAAAUCAUUGGUUUUAUAUAAGAAAUUAGAAAGCAAAUAUUUUGUUAAAACUAUUUUGGUAGAUACGAUUUUAAUAAACUGUAUUGAUUGCAUCUCAUAAUUUAAUCUAUUG